GCGAGGUCGGCCUUGAACGCCUCCUCAUUGGGCUUGGUAGGCUUCACCUUCUGCUCUGUGGCAGGAGCCGAUUUGGCUUCAGCGGACAUCUUGUCGGGGAAUUUGCAAAUACGGGGGGAACACUUGACAAUGCAAAUAGAUUGACCGAAAUCAAUCUGUAGGAGGGACCCCAAAAGAGCGUGGAAUGAGGGGAAACCAAAGAGGAACAGGGGGAGAAGAGGAAAGGAAUGAGGCAGAAACUCGUGCUCAUUUUCUCGGUCUGGCCUUUUCCUUUGGGGUUAAUAAGUUGUUGGCGGCGCUUAACCGUUGCCGCUUAGCGCUGUUCCGCCGAUUUUUCGAGAACCUCCCUCUAUCGCUUUUCGCAACGCUGCAACUCCAGCCUACCUUUUUUUUUGUUGUUGUUGUCCUAUCCCACGGCUCACAUUGAGCUCAGAAGUUGGUCCUCGAAUUCUCUAAUUUAACUCUUUUCUGACUCCCCUC